AUGAAGGCCUUUACUGCUGCCUACCUCGCAUACCUGCUGGGCUUUGCUUCGGCCAAGGUGGUCAAGUACGAGUGGGAGCUGUCCUACCGCACCAUCUCGCCCAAUGGCGUGAGCAAGCGCAUGGCCCUCGUCAACAACCAGUUUCCGGGGCCGACGAUGCGUGCCAGCCUAGGGGACCAGGUACAGGUGACGCUGACCAACAAUCUGCCCGACAACGGCACCUCGAUCCAUUUUCACGGCAUCAAUCAACUCGGAACGCCAUGGGCAGAUGGCGUGCCUGCGAUCAACCAAUGCCCGAUUCCUGCCAAUGGUGGCAAUUUCACAUACACAUUCACCCCCGACGAAGCUGGCACGUCAUUCUGGCACAGCCACUACGGCCCGCAAUACCCGCUGGGCGUGGUGGGGCCAACGAUCAUCGAUGACCCGUCAGAGCCGUACAAGUACGACGACGAAUACGUCGUUGUCGUCACGGACCACUUCAACAUCUCCGACUGGACCCUCCUGGCAAUUGACCGCACACCGGGCUUUGUGGGCAACACGGGCAUCCCUCCCCGUCCCCCUGCUCCUGACUCGGUGCUCAUCUGCGCGGGCACGGGUGGCUGCAACACAAAGUCACAGCCAUCGUUUCAAUUCACACCGGGCAAAACGUAUCGGCUGCGUAUCAUCAACAUGAGCGCCUUUGUUGGAUUCCACUUCUCCAUCGAUGAACAUCCGCUGCAGCUCAUCGGCAGUGACUUUGCUGCGCUCGACGGCAAGACUAGUGUCGAGCAGCUGCCCAUCUGGCCCGCCCAGCGCUACGACGUCCUCGUGCAGGCCAAGACCAACUUUACCGACAACGUGUGGAUGCGGUCCGUCACGCAGAAUGCGUGCUAUCCAAUCCAGAAUCCAAAGCUGGAGCUCGAGACACGGGCACUUGUCAACUACGAGGGCGUGUCUGCUUCCAAGGUACCGUCUUCGCAGCCAUUUGCCGACCCAAAGGCAAAUGACUGUCGCGACCUGGACCUGUCGCAGAUCAAGCCCCGCGAGGUCGAGGAUGCUGUCGAAACGCCUGACACGACCAUUUUCCUCGCCGUGGGACUUUACAACAACGCCACGGCCCGGCAGAUUCAGGGUGUCGUCAACAAUUCGAGCUAUCCCGCCUACGACGUCAACGCCAAGCCCACGUUGUUUGACAUCAAGGACGGUGUCGACGUGGCUGCGCUGCCUACGAGUCGCAAUGCCUACGCACUGCACAACGGCACCAUCCGCGUCGUCCUCAACACUACUCUUGGCCCAGGGGCGCAUCCCUACCAUCUGCACGGACACACAUUCCAGGUACUCGGCUAUCUCAAUGGCACCUACCACGGGAACGACGGCCUCGACCUUGUCAAUCCCACCCGCAGAGACACCAUGAUGGUUCCCGUCAAUGCCACGGCCGUUUUCCAAUUCAAGACGAAUAAUCCCGGCGUGCAAUUCUUCCACUGCCACAUGGAGUUUCACCUCAACGAGGGCCUGGCCAGUCAAUUCGUUGAGCUUCCCGACGAAAUCCGGAAGCUCAAGAUCCCUGCAGACGCUCGCAAUCUCUGCCCGAAAUAA